GAGGGGACAAAGGCCGCGUAGAGGAAAAGCCUUCCUCGGUGCUGGUCUGUAGGUUUCGCCCAGGCUGAGUCAGGCCGAAACAACUGGGACCCAGCUGGGAUUGCCAGUAUUUGCACCUGUGAAUUUGAUCGUGUGAGUGGCUGUGGCGCUCCCCGGUGCAUCGCCAGCGUACCUUCUCCUGCAGGUUUAUUGAAGUCAAAAUGUCUCAAAAAAUCCGUGGCGGUUCUGUGGUAGAGAUGCAAGGAGAUGAAAUGACACGAAUCAUUUGGGAGUUGAUUAAAGAAAAGCUCAUUUUUCCCUAUGUGGAAUUGGACCUUCACAGCUAUGACUUAGGCAUAGAGAAUCGUGACGCCACCAAUGACCAGGUCACCACGGAUGCCGCAGAAGCGAUAAAGAAGUACAACGUUGGUGUCAAGUGUGCCACCAUCACCCCUGAUGAGAAGAGGGUCGAGGAGUUCAAGUUGAAACAAAUGUGGAAGUCGCCAAAUGGUACCAUCCGAAAUAUUCUGGGUGGUACUGUCUUCAGGGAAGCUAUUAUCUGCAAAAAUAUCCCCCGGCUUGUGACCGGAUGGGUAAAACCCAUCAUCAUAGGUCGUCACGCCUACGGGGAUCAGUACAGAGCAACUGAUUUUGUUGUUCCUGGGCCUGGGAAAGUAGAGAUAACCUACACACCAAGUGAUGGAUCCCAAAACAAGACAUACCUGAUACAUAACUUUGAAGAGGGUGGUGGUGUUGCCAUGGGGAUGUACAAUGAAGACAAGUCAAUCCAAGAUUUUGCACACAGCUCUUUCCAGAUGGCUCUGUCUAAAAGUUGGCCUUUGUAUCUGAGCACCAAAAACACUAUUCUGAAGAAAUAUGAUGGGCGUUUUAAAGACAUCUUUCAGGAGAUAUAUGACAAGCAGUACAAGUCCAAGUUUGAAGCCCAGAAGAUCUGGUAUGAGCAUAGGCUCAUUGAUGACAUGGUGGCCCAAGCUAUGAAGUCAGAGGGAGGCUUCAUCUGGGCCUGUAAAAACUACGACGGCGACGUCCAGUCAGACUCCGUGGCCCAAGGUUAUGGCUCUCUUGGCAUGAUGACCAGCGUGCUGGUUUGUCCAGAUGGCAAGACAGUAGAAGCAGAGGCUGCCCAUGGGACUGUAACACGUCACUACCGCAUGUACCAGAAGGGACAGGAGACGUCUACCAAUCCCAUUGCUUCCAUUUUUGCCUGGACCAGAGGGUUAGCCCACAGAGCGAAGCUUGAUAACAACAAAGAGCUCGGCUUCUUUGCAAAGGCUUUGGAAGAAGUCUGCAUUGAGACCAUUGAGGCUGGCUUCAUGACCAAGGACUUGGCUGCUUGUAUUAAAGGUUUACCCAACGUGCAGCGUUCUGACUACUUGAAUACAUUCGAGUUCAUGGACAAACUCGGAGAAAAUUUGAAGAUAAAACUAGCUCAGGCCAAACUUUAAGGUCAUUCCUCGGCUUACAGGGACAAGUGUUUUUUGGUAACUAGGUCCACGGGUUUACAUUUUUCUGUAUAACACUCAAGGGAAGGACGAAAUCAAUUUUGUAAUUGUUUGGAAGUCAGAGUUUAUCUUUUCUAUAAGUUUACAGCCUUUGUCUUGUACGUACACGUAUGACACCUCAAAAAUGCGGCCAGGGACUUUUUAAAUUUAAAUUUCAUUUUGUACUAGUAGCUUAGGAGUUACUUCAGUGCUGAUUCAUAGUCACGGACAAUUUUUCUCAUGUUCCGAUCUAAAUGACCAAAAUGAAGAGUGCUUGAAAGGUAAACUACAGCCAGGGUUUUGGUCCCUGAAAGUGCGUAAAGUAGAAUUCACUUCCUUCCCCACUUGCCACGGCCUGGGCCCUGGGUGCUGUGGGUGCGACAGGUGUCCCACCGUGUGAGGUACAGGUGCACCUUGAACUUGCACAAGAAUUGGAACGAAGAGCAUGGGGACAACUAAAACACGUCGGAGACGCAGCUGUCGUUUGUGUCAAGAGCUCUAACUGAACGUUUCGAAAUGUCAGAUAUUUUUGAGGCCACUGGAGAGUUUGGAGUCCAGAAUAAAUACUACCUGCGGGUUUGUCCUCUGUUUGUCCUCCCCUGCUGGUCUUCCGACGUGGCCUAAGUAGUAUCAUAUCCUGGACAGCAUGUUUUAUUCAAGUGCAAUAAUACAAGCUGCACCUUUUUGGGACUUCUGGCCUGUUUUACUUCCUUUAUAUAAAUGUGAUUUUUCAGAAGUUGAUUGUAAACACUAUUCUAGUCUGUUCUUCCUUGAAACUAUUCACUGUAAUUAAAAUUAAGUACUAAUGA